CUGGCCUGUCUCCUUUGAGUUUGAUGGUCAAGGAACGCUUCCUUGUGCAGGCUUUGUUGAAACGUGCACCUUCGGACACACUGUCACAAGUCUUGAUUGGCCCUUCCGCCUGCACCGUUUGAUUGCUGCCCCGUUGCCUCAAUUGGUCUUUCUUCAUCCGCUUAGAAUGCCUACCGUGUAUGGGGUCAAUCUUAGAGCAGCGACGGCAUUGCAGAGUAUCAUUGGUGCAUCUUCUCAGGCUGUUGCAGCUUGUCGUGCCGUAGAGUCAGAACGGGAAGACGCCCUUUUUGUGGACCCGCUUGCGAAAUAUUUUGCCGCCUACGCAGGGGGAGCUCUUCCCACGUUCCUUAGUUCCUAUGUCUCUGUGCGGACGCACUUCAUUGAUCGAGAGCUCCUGGAUGCGCUUCGCAGGAAGCAUGACCAAGGUCCACCAGGCGGGGUAGUCCCCAACCAGGUGGUACUGCUGGGGGCUGGCAUGGAUGGACGCAUGUGGCGGCUGCCGCAGCAGGCGGGCAGCCCGCCCCCUGCAGAGGUGGUCUUUGAGCUAGAUCAGAAGGAGGUGGUGGACGCUAAGGACGCCGUCCUAGCCCAGCUGGAGCAGGCAGGGGAACUGCCGGCACCCAGGCUAGCAAAAAGGCGUGUGUGUCUCUCCGUGGAUAUUCGUGAUCCUGCCUGGAUCCAAGCCUUGAACGACGCCGGGCACAAUCGAACCAGCGGCACGGUGUGGAUCCUUGAAGGGUUUCUGCGCUUCUUCUCAAACGAGCAGAUUGACGCGCUGAUCGAGCAGCUGUCCCAGAACUGCGCCUGUGGUUCUAGCAUCCUCGUCACUGUCCCGUCUGCGACAAGCCGCGAUCGCAGACGUGCAGAGGACCCCGUGGAUGCCAAGUACCAAUGGCGGUUCGGAACGGAUGACCCCGUUAGCUACUUUACCCGAUUCGGAUGGAAGACAGUCAAAAGUGUCUCGGUCGAGGAUCUAGCCGACCAAUACAAUCGGAGGCCUCGAAGUACCGAAUUGGAUACACCCGCUGAGAAUGGAAGCAAGGCAGAGCCGUCGGUCAUGUCGAAUCCUAUGCGUCACAAUUAUUUAUUGAGGGCAGUCAAGAUUGACUAAGAGCGAAGCGGAUAAACCAGGCUUACGAGCACGCCAAAUCGAGUUAGACAAUCAUAGCCUAGCUAGAGAGAGCACGCAUAGAUAAAUCGAUCGUUGAUCGAUAAUCCGACAGUAUACACUAAGUUUAGGGGAUCUCAAGUACUUUGUAUUGUGCACCGUUGGUUCAAGCGCGGGUAUCACGCACCUCCGCGCGCGGCUACCUUGAUGGCCGAUGGAAUUGCAACCACUUGUAAUCUAAAAUACUGACA